AUGUCCCGCCGCAAGAUCUCCUCGGAGUCCUUCAGCUCGCUGGGCUCCGACUGCCCGGAGACCAGCCCUGAGGAGGAGGGCGAGUGUCCCCUGUCCCGCCUCUGCUGGAACGGCAGCCGCAGCCCCCCCGGCCCCACCGACACCCCUUUCGCCGCCGCCGCCGCUGCCGCCGCGGCCAGCGCUGGGGCGCGCCGCGCUCCGCGCCGCCGGCGGGUCAACCUGGACUCGCUGGGCGAGAGCAUCCGCCGCCUGACGGCCCCCGCGCCUCAGACCAUUCGGCAAACUCUUCAAAGGACACUGCAGUAUUUUGAGCAUCAAGUUAUUGGUUACAGGGAUGCAGAAAAGAACUUUCACAAUAUAUCAAACAGAUGCUCCUAUACAGACUGCUCUGGCAAUGAAGAACCUGAAGAUGUCUCAGGAAUUCUUCAGUGUACGGCAAAUGUACUUGGUUUGAGAUUUGAGGAAAUGCAAGAAAAGUUUGGGGAGGAAUUCUUCAAUGUCUGCUUUGAUGAGAAUGAAAGAGUUCUUCGAGCUGUAGGUGGGACCCUUCAAGAUUUCUUCAAUGGCUUUGAUGCUUUGCUGGAGCACAUUAGAACUUCAUUUGGAAGACAGGCCACCCUGGAAUCCCCUUCUUUCCUAUGCAAAGAGCUCCCAGAAGGCAAUCUCAUGCUUCAUUACUUUCACCCACAUCAGAUUGUGGGAUUUGCAAUGAUGGGAAUGAUAAAGGCAGCAGCAAAGAAGAUUUACCGCUUGGAAGUGGAAGUGGAACAAGUAACCAAUGACAAGUUGUGUUCAGAGGGGACAAACGCAGGUAACUGCAGUUGUCUGACUUUCCUUAUCAAAGAACAUGAAAAUGCAAAUAUCACAAAAGCACUUCCACCGCGAACUUCCCAGUCCCCCGUAGACCUGAGGAUUAGCAUCAACACCUUCUGCAGAGCUUUCCCCUUUCACCUGAUGUUUGAUGCAAACAUGCUCAUUCUCCAGCUUGGAGAAGGUCUUAGGAAGCAGCUCAGAUGUGACACGCAUAAAACUCUGAAGUUCCAAGACUGCUUUGACAUAGUUUCUCCUAAAAUCAGUGCCACAUUUGAACGAGUUCUCCUGAGAUUGUCUACUCCCUUUGUCAUUCGGACCAAACUCGAGGAUUCUGGCUCUGAAAACAAAGAUAAGGUGAUGGAAAUUAAAGGACAAAUGAUUCAUGUGCCAGAAUCAAAUUCAGUUUUGUUUCUGGGUUCCCCCUGUGUGGACAAGCUGGAUGAACUGAUGGGUCGAGGCCUCCAUCUAUCAGACAUACCUAUCCAUGAUGCUACUCGUGAUGUCAUACUGGUUGGGGAGCAAGCAAAGGCCCAGGAUGGCUUAAAAAAACGAAUGGAUAAGCUGAAGGCAACGCUAGAAUGCACACACCAAGCCCUGGAAGAGGAGAAAAAGAAAACAGUAGAUCUCCUUAUUUCUAUUUUCCCUGAAGAAGUGGCUCAGCAGCUGUGGCAGGGGCAGCAAGUUCAGGCCAGGAAGUUUGAUGAUGUCACCAUGCUCUUCUCAGACAUUGUUGGCUUCACUGCCAUCUGUGCGCAGUGCACGCCCAUGCAGGUCAUCAGCAUGCUGAACGAGCUCUACACUCGCUUUGACCAUCAGUGUGGAUUCCUGGACAUCUACAAGGUGGAAACAAUAGGUGAUGCGUACUGCGUUGCUGCAGGGCUCCAUAAGAAAAGCCUUAGCCAUGCUAAAGCCAUUGCCCUGAUGGCACUGAAGAUGAUGGAGCUUUCAGAAGAGGUUCUGACUCCAGAUGGGAGCCCUAUUAAGAUGAGGAUAGGCAUUCACUCAGGAUCAGUGCUGGCCGGCGUUGUUGGUGUCAGAAUGCCACGUUAUUGCCUCUUUGGGAACAACGUCACCCUUGCAAGCAAGUUUGAGUCAGGAAGUCACCCACGCCGCAUCAAUGUCAGUCCGACCACAUACCAGCUUUUGAAAAAGGAAGAAAAUUUUAUUUUUAUCCCUCGUUCCCGUGAAGAGCUUCCAGAAAACUUUCCAAAGGAAAUUCCUGGCAUCUGUUACUUCCUCGAGGUCAAAAGUGGUCAGAAGCCACCAAAACCCUCCAUCACAUCUGCUAGAGUGAGAAAAGUUUCUUACAACAUUGGUACCAUGUUCCUCCGGGAGACAAGCCUAUGAGGCCUGCUGCAGAUCAAAGACUCGUCAAAAAAGCACAAGCCCAGAACUGGGUCAUGACAGGGGAGUUGGAGGUUCUUUCCAUUUCACUGCCUUGUUCUGAACAAGCAGUAAAAGCUCCGUGUAAUGUCAGGCAAUAAUAAUUUAAAAGGUGGGUGACUGCUGUCAGUAAAGAAAGUGGAGACAGGGAAAAAGAAUUAAACAAUGUACUUCCACUUCCAGAGGAAUUUCUUGCAUAAACUUCAGUCUGGCCCCUCUAUGACAAACCAAACAAAACAAAACCCCAACUCUCAAAUUAGAGGUCAGUUUUGUUUUGUGAAGAAGGGAUGAUGGUUCUCUGUAGAUCUGCACCAGCUAAGCAGAAUUGAGAGUCAGUUCUGAUUAUGCAUUCCUACAUUUAAUGUGUUCUCCAGUAAGGUAAUGAUGUUUUUUAACUUUAUGAACAAACAUUUCAUAUGUAUACUGUAGACCUGUUGUAACCUUCCUGGCAGGAGGAAUUAUAAUUCAAUACAAAUAUUGUAGGAAUUCUACCUAUUUUUAUACAUAUUUCACUUUCUGGAUAAUUACAUUCCACAUACUGUAAGCUGAGUGAGCUUAGCUUUUCAGAAGCUAUUGUAUAUUUCAUACAUUCUAGCUAUCAAACCUUAUUGUUAUGCAAGUGGGAAGAAGUAAUUUCUAGACUUU